CUUGGUUCAAAUUGCAACUCCACUACGUAGGAACGUGGCUGUGGCCUUUAAGACGCCUAUGGCUCUGUAUCCUCCAUCUCUAAAUGGGGAUCACACUGGUAGCUGCUUCAUUGGGAUGUGAUGAAGAUUAACUGGGGCAUUGCAUGUGUCAUGCUAGCAUAGUGGUGGCACUAGUAACUGCUCGAGAAAUGUACCAUUGCUGUGAGGCUGGGAAUGGGAGGGACACACACGCGCAUGUACACACACACACAUACACACUCAUCCCAGCUUCAACUUUCACCUCCAUAGGCUCCUUCACCAGUCAGUGAGGAGUUAGGUUCCUUCUUGCCAAAGAUAUCUGAAGCUCAACGCCUGUUCUAUAUGGACACUUGGGGUAUUUUGAGCAGCCAUGUUGGAACGCGGGGUGGUGGCAGCACUAACUCAUAACUUGGCUAUGGGAGCUAUUUUAAGGAUUCACCCUCUCUCCCCAUCCCAUGCCCUCCCCCAGUGCCAAUGGUUCUCAACAUUUUUUUGGAUAUGGCCCCCUCAGGAAAUGGAUGGCUGCUAAGGAUCCUCUUGAGAACAGUACAUGUCCAAGUUCUGCACUUUAUUUCAGAGGCUCCAUGGACAUCAGGAUUUGAACCCUAUUCCAUAUAUACAAACUCAAAGAACUAGAGGUAUGUCUUUGCUGCCUGCCUCUUUCCUCUGAAACCAUGCCUUAAAAAUACCAAGGGGAUAGAGAAACCUGCUUCUCUGGAUCACACUCUGAAAAGUGCUGUUCAGAAGAGACACAGCUUGAACAGGGCCACAGGAUAUAAAAGAAGCCCUGGAACCAUGUCUUCUCUAAAAACAACAAAAUCGUCAAUAAUGAAUGGAAGAAUCAAUAUUGUGAAAAUGGCCAUACUGCCCAAAGCAAUUUAUAGAUUCAAUGCUCUUCCCAUUAAACCAUCAACAUUCUUCACAGAAUUAGAAAGAAACUAUUUUAAAAUUCAUAUCGAACCAAAAAAGAGCUUGUAUAUCCAAGAAAAUCCUAAGCAAAAAUAAUAAAGCUGGAGGCAUCACACUACCCAACUUCAAACUAUACUAUAAGGCUACAGUAACCAAAACAGCAUGGUACUGGUACAAAAACAGGCACAUAGACCAAUGGAACAGAAUAGAGAAGUUAGAAAUAAAACCACACAUCUACAACCAUCUGAUCUUCCAAAAACCUGACAAAAACAAUGAAGAAAGGAUUCCCUAUUUAAUAAAUGGUGCUAGGAGAACUGGCUAGCCAUAUGCAGAAAAUUGAAACUGGACCCCUUUCUUAUACCUUUCACAAAAAUUAAUGCUAGGUGGAUUAAUGACUUAAAUGUAAGACUCAAAACUAUAAAAACCCUAGAAGAAAAUCUAGGCAAUACCAUUCAGGACAUAGGCAUAGGCAAAGAUUUUAUAAUGAAAUCACCAAAAGCAAUUUCAACAAAAGCAAAAAUUGACAAAUGGGAUCAAAUUAAAGAGCUUCUGCAUAGCAAAAGACUCUAUCAUCAGAGUAAACAGACAACUUAUAGAAUGGGAGACCUUUUUUUCAAUCUAUCCAUCUGACAAAGGUCUAAUAUCCAGAAUCUACAAGAACUUAAGCAAAUUUACAAAAUACAAACAAUCCCAUUAAAAAGUGGGCAAAGAACAUGAACAGACACUUCUCAAAAGAGGACAUACAUGCAGCCAACAGACAUGAAAAAUGUUCAACAUUACUGAGCAUUAGAGAAAUGCAAAUCAAAACCACAAUGAGAUGCCAUCUCAUGCCAGUCAGAAUGGCGAUGAUCAAAAAGUCAAGAAACACGAGAUGCUGGCAAGGUUGUGAAGAAAUAGGAAUGUUUUUACCCUGUUGGUAGGAAUGUAAAUCAGUCCAACCAUUGUGGAAGUGAUUCCUCAAAGAUUUAGAAAGAGAAAUACCAUUUGAUCCAGCAAUCCCAUUACUGGGUAUAUACCCAAAGGAAUGUAAAUCAUUCUGUUAUAAAGAUAUAUGUAUGCACAUGUUCAAUGCAGCAUUAUUCACAAUAGCAGACUUGGAAUAAACCCAAAUGCCCAUUAAUGAUAGACCGGAUAAAGAAAAUGUGGUACAUAUUCACCAUGGAAUACCAUGCAGCCAUAAAAGGGAACAAGAUCAUAUCCUUUGCAGGGCCUGGGAUGCAGCUGGAGGCCAUUAGCCUCAGCAAACUGGUACAGGAACAGAAAACCAAGCACUGUGUCUUCUCACUUAUAAGUGGGAGCUGAGCAAUGAGAACACAUGGACACAGAGAGGGGAGCAACACAUACUGGGGCAGUCGGGGUAGUAUGGUUUGGAGAGAGCAUCAGGAAAAAUAGCUAAUGCAUGUGGGCUUAAUAUCUAGGUGAAGGAAGGAAGGGUUGAUAGGUGCAGCAAGGCACCGUGUCCCAUGUUUACCUGUGUAACAAACUUGCACAUCCUGCACAUGUACCCCAGAACUUAAAAAACAUCAUCAACAGUAACAGUAGCUAACUUUUCUGGGUAUUUGCUAUGUUCCAAAAACUAAGCUAAGUUCCUUACAUGCAUUACCUCAUUUAAACCUCCCCAAACUUCCACAAUGACAAUAAUAUCCUGGUCCCUGUUUUGCGGAUGAGACACUAAGGCACAUAGAGGUUAAAUAAUUUGCCCAAGAUCACACAGCUAAUGAGUAGUAAGAUUCAAUCCCAGACCCAGAUCCUGCUGUCAAGCAGUAUAGUUUGUGACCACCUAGUGACAUCACAGGAACCACACUUCCAUCUCUUAUUUUAAUGUCCUGAAUGUUCUUCCUUAUAAAUGCACAUCAGACUUGAGUGGGUAAAAAUUCUGAACAUACUGAGUCUUCUACCCCGAGCCAAUCCUCUUCAACAUGAACCUGCAUGGGAACCAGUGCUGAAAGUGGAAAGAGACCACAGACAGGCCUGGCAUCUGUAUGCAUAAGGCAGAAAACUGUCUCCCUGCACCCCUACUCCCAGUUAAAAGGCUGUGGGCAUCUUUGAGCCAAUGACAGGCUGCUGCAAAGGAUUCUGGGAAUCCCAACCCCUCACAGUUCUGCAAAAACUGAGCUUUGCUCAACUUACAGUCCUGCAAAAGGUGGAUACUAAGAUAGGGAGAUGGGCAUACAGGCCAAAUACUCUGUUCUGCCUUCCAGGAAGGAAAAACCAUACUGUCCAGGAAGCUCACAAGUGACAUGUGGCCCAUGGGUAUACCAGGGCUAAAGUGAAGGAUGGACUGCUCUGUGGAAGGAAGGAGUGAAAGUGCACAGGGAGGCAUAGGGCCAUCUGCAGGAAGAGUUAGAGGAGGGAAGGAGGGAGACUGGCUUUGGCAGAGAAGGGAGGCGGGAGCAGAGGGAGCUGGAGGAUUGAUUCAGGCAGUGAGAGAGGGCAGCCCCACUCUAUUUCCCAAGCUGCUCUCUGGAUGCAGGCAGGAAGGUUGAGUGUAUUACACUGGCCCCACCUCCAGAGGCUCUCUCUGCAGCUGCUGGACUGGACACAAAGCGUGAGAGACAGAGACACCAUCUCUGCUGAUUUGUACUCAACUCUGGUUCCUGUUGCUGAGAGCCCACGUGUCACAGAAGCCAGGGCAGGGGGGCCCACACUGCUGUCUGCAUUUCCCAGGUAUCCUGAGCUGAGCAAAGGUUCUCCCUCAGAGGAGCAGGCAAAAGAAGCACCUGAACAUCAUGGCACAAGUGGACUCCCAGGACAGGUGGGAAGAGGCGUCUCCUCUCAGCAGCUUGACUGAGAAGGCUCAUGACCCCCAGAUGCUGAGCAUGAACUUAGAGAGUGAGGAUGAAGGUGGUGGGGAGUCAGAAAAAGAGGGCACUGCUGACAUGGUGGCCUGUCUAAGGGGCAGCUCCCAAGUAACAUGUGACAAUCCUGACUUGCCAUGGCCCCAUCCGCUAGGCAAAGAGGAGGAGAAAGUCUCUGACUCCUCCAGUGCUAGGGGCAUGGGGCAGAAACCAAUGCAGAUGUCCGGGAGAGCCAGCUGGAGCAGAGAUGUGCCAAAGAUUAAUGAGACCCAGGGCUCCCCGGGAGCAAGCACAGUUCUGGGUACCCUUCGCAGUGGUCUCACACACAAGCUGUUAGGUCAGUUGCAACCUCUUAGGGAGGGAUUAUCUGCGGGUGAUGAUGGAGACUUGAGGGCAAACCAGGACGCAGCCUUGGAUGUCCCAUCCAGCUUCCCCAGCAAUGGAAAGUAUCUCUGUGCACACAAAAGCGUAGACACGUCCGCAGAGAACUCUUCUCUCUUGUGUUUCCCCAGGCCAGGGAGCAACUGGGACCUCCCCACGCGAGAGACACACACACCAGCCCAGGCGUCGGCCACCCCAGCCAGCCUGGCAGCCGCGGUGCUAGCAAAAGGGCGAAUCAGCAGGAAAGGACAGAACCAGGUGGGCAGGCGCGGGGACCCAGAGGCUGAGGCGCAUCCCUACAGGCGCCUGCGGGGCGGGAGGGCGUUCCAGGAACCCAGCAAGCCGCUGAGCCCCGUGGAGACGCGCGGUGACACCAAGCCCUACGCGUGCGAGCUGUGCGGGAAGGCCUACUCCCACCGCGGCACGCUCCAGCAGCACCGGCGCCUGCACACGGGCGAGCGGCCCUACCGGUGCUCCUUCUGCGACAAGGCCUACACCUGGUCCUCCGACCAUCGGAAGCACAUCCGCACCCACACGGGCGAGAAACCCUACCCGUGUCCAGACUGCGGGAAGGCCUUCGUGCGCUCCUCGGACCUGCGCAAACACCAGCGCAACAUGCACAGCAACGACAAGCCCUUCCCGUGCUCCGAGUGCGGCCUGACCUUCAACAAGCCGCUGUCGCUGCUGCGCCACCAGCGCACGCACCUGGGCGCCAAGCCCUUCCGCUGCGUCGCCUGCGACCGCGAGUUCGCUGUGGCCAGCCGCAUGGUGGAGCACCAGCGCGUGCACUCGGGCGAGCGGCCCUUCCCCUGCCCCACCUGCGGCAAGUGCUUCACCAAGUCCUCCAACCUGGCCGAGCACCAGACGCUGCACACGGGCCAGAGGCCCUUCAAGUGCGCUGACUGCGGCGUGGCCUUCGCGCAGCCCUCGCGCCUCGUGCGCCACCAGCGCAUCCACACCGGCGAGAGGCCCUUUGCUUGCACGCAAUGUGGCCAGGCCUUUGCCCGCUCCUCCACCCUGAAGCGACACCAACAGAUCCACUCCGGGGAGAAGGGAUUCCUCUGUGCCGAGUGCGGCAGGGCCUUCCGCAUUGCCUCUGAGUUGGCCCAGCACAUUCGGAUGCACAACGGAGAGAGGCCCUACCAGUGUGAGGACUGCGGCCAGGCCUUCACCAGGUCCAAUCACCUCCAACGGCACCAAGCCAAGCAUGGCACCUGCAAGAAGGAGCCCAUCCCUUCCUCCUCUGACGAGUGAAGACAGCACCGUCGACCUCACCACUUGGAACCUUCCCAGGUGAACCCACUCACAUGACAUUGCCAGCCAGCUGCACCGGUCAGCCAGGCAUCCCAGUAGGUCGCCAGUCUUGAGCGGUCCAUUUGAUUAUGUAUUUGAUCCUUUGAGUAGAAAGUCACCACCGAGAGAGUGGUGUGGUUUCACAUCAGUGGUUCUGAGUGUCAGAGGUCAUUAGCAAUUGGAAAAGGGAAGGACAAAGUAGUGGGAACUGAUCAAGGUUUGGUUUCUUGGGUUGGGGGACCACAAUUAAUCAAAAACUACUUCUAGAAUUACAUGCCGGUGGCUCACGCCUGUAAUCCCAGCAUUUUGGGAGGCCAAGGCGGGUGGAUCACUAGGUCAAGAGAUCGAGACCAUUCUGGUCAACAUGGUGAAACCCCGUCUCUACUAAAAAUACAAUCCCAGCUACUCAGGAGGCUGAGGCAGGAGAAUUGCCUGAACCCAGGAGGUGGCGGUUGCGGGAGCCGAGACCGCGCCAUUGCACUCCAGCCCGGGUAACAAGAGCCAAACUCCGUCUCAAAAAAAAAAAAAAAAAGAAUUACAUGCUUGGGACUGUGCAGGGCUCUGGGCAUAAGGUGAGGAAAGACUAACCCAUCCUACCCUCAAGGCCGGUUUGCAAAUACUGAGAAGGCAUGAGGGGCUGGUAAUCUUUAGAGAAAGGUUUUGGUUUUCACGUAAAUAAAGGAAUCCCCAGAAGUGGUCCCUACGAUGAACUCCCCAAAAGCAACAAAGCCUUUGUGGGAGGGACUCAAGCCCAGCCCAACAUCCCAUCAUUUCACUUGACUGCAGAAAUGGCUUCACCUUAGGGUACAUCUUCAUGGGCCUUGGCUUUGAAGUGGACAAGACCUUCAUGUUAGAGAAGGUAGUUUAUGUCCUAUUCCAGUUAUUCUAGAAGUUCAGUACAGCGUUAGCAUCUGAAAAAGAAGUCCAUUCCUCUUUAUAGUGGAAUUUAGUAAGUAGAUUGAACCUGAAUCUUAUCCACAAAAUUCAUACGUGCCUUCUCUCUGGCUGUCUCUUUUCCUGUUUGCACUCUGAGGGCUUAAGUUAUAUGUGAUAUUUACAAAGUAAUUUGUUCAUUUACAGAGAGAUAUACAGAAUUUCUCCACAAAGCCUUGACCGUGGUUCAUGAAACCUUUUGAUUCAUUUAAAUUUGUCUGAAUUAUUAGCCUUGAUUUAAAGUAAAUAAAGCACCGUUUGCCCAAGUGCCAUUGGCUUGUCCAUGUUUUAGAAUUUUAAAACCAGGUAUGAAGGCCUACAUGACUCACAGUUAUCCGAUGAAGUUAUUUCAAAGUUUGCAUUACUAACAACCAUUCUUCAAAGUGUAUUGAUGCAUAUAGUGAUCUGUAUAAAGUCAGUAGUUCUUAGCACUGAACCUCGACUAUGAGGAACUAUGACCUGCACAGAGGUCCUUGGUGCACACAGGCAAAUGGCAUUUCUCCUCUUACCAAAGUUACAUAAUAUAUUCCACAAGAAAAUAUCGUCUCCCUUUUGCGGGGAGUAUAUUCCUAAAAUUGCCACCAAAGAAUGCCAGAUCCGAAUUUCUCUUGGGUUCUACCUGAUUUGGACCUAGGGUGUGACCUCUAAAUAGCAUUCUCAUGACAUAUGGGGGCACCAAAGAGAAGUAAGACAGACAGAUAGAUAGAUAGAUAUUCUUGUGCCUUGUUUGAUCAAGGUAACCUUAAUAAAAGGGUUCACCCCAUCCUUUACUGUUGAUGUGAGCGUGGGCUUCAGCUUCUGCAUCUGCACGGGCAAAAUAGAAGUGUAAUAGUAGGUAAAAUUUAGAGUGAUCUUACUAUAUGACAGAAACAUUGGCUCAAUGCAAGAGCUGUAAAUGGGUAGAAAAGUCAAAAGAUGAACUUGUGACUAUGAAGAGAGCAAAAGCUAACAUUUUUUUCUAGGUAAUCAAUAAAAUAUUUGAGGAC